AUGUCAGACUCCACCAAGUCCGCCAACCAGCCAACUCCACAGAACUCCCAACACCAAGAGUCAUCAGAAACCAGCAAGACUCCACUACCCCUCCCAGAACCCACAGCGGAAGACGAUGUCACCCAAGUCAAUGUUGGUGGUCAAGCUGUAAAACUGGAUCAUCUGGGCCCCCUGGUAGUCAAUAAAGACGGCACACUAUCACGAAUCUCAAAUUGGGAGCAAAUGGCGGAUAUCGAGAAGCAGAACACGUUGAGAAUUUUGGUCAAACGGAAUCAGUUGAGGACGGAGGCUUUGAAGGAGAAGAAGGAAGGGGAGGGAGCUUGA